UUGGGUUUUGACUUGGCAUGGGCAACUUGUUUGGGAAGAAGACAGAAGCCGCGCCGACCGGACCGACGGCGCGGCAAACUGCCAACCGUCAACGUGCGCAGAACCAAGUGUCGUCGAAGGACAAAGCCGUGCUGGAGCUCAAAGCUUCGCGAGACCGCCUUAAGAAGUACCAGUCCCACCUCGAGCACGAGAGUGCGCAAUUGACAGAGAAAGCGAAGCAGUUGCUGGAGAAGAAGCAGCGCGACCGGGCCAAACUGUGUCUGCAACUGCGCAAAUUCAAGCAGCAGCAGAUCGAGCAGGCCGACACCCACCUCAUGAAUGUGCUUCAAAUGGUCGACAGCGUUGAAUGGGAGACCCAGCAACUACAGAUAUUUGAAGGUCUCAAGGCUGGAAACUCUGUGCUGGAUGCAAUCCAUAAGGAAAUGACUGUGGAGGCCGUCGAAGACCUCAUGCUGGACACCCAGGAAGCGCAAGCCAGGGCCGACGAGAUUGGUCGACUGAUCGGCGGCUCAUUGACCGUUGACGACGACGAGUCCAUCUUGGAGGAACUCGCGGCCAUCGAGGCCUUGGAAGCUGAAGCGCUGGACGCCCUUCUCCCCGUGGCGCCUGCGCACGAUGCGGUGAUGGCCGAGCCUGCUGAAGUGGUGACCCCAGAGCAAGUGCAAGUGGCCGUGCCGCCGAAACCAGCUGCCAGCGCGAAGAAAACCAAAGCCACCCCCCCUGUGUUGGCGUAAUUUCACUAACGUUACGUAGUACUUGCUCAAUGUGUCAAAUUCCAACCCAUCGCCUCUUGCCCCCGUUUGAAGAACAUCAUGUAAAGUAGUAGUACUAGUAGUAGUUACAAUACCAAUCCUCGGAGCCAACAACUUACAGCUAGCUGUACAAAAUUGGUGGAAAGUAGUGUGCCAACUGCUAUUAUUAACAAACUUGUCACGAGUGAGCUGCCUGACUACUAUUAUAAUAGUAU